AUGUCAUGUUCGCGGACCUGUCCAUUCUCAAUCGAGUGGGUCGAUACUGAACUAUUAUUUGCUCACGAUAAGGCGGCGAAGCAUGUCGAUUGCAGAGCUAGACGACACGAUGGUGCAAAGUAUGGCCGUUGGCGCCGCAUUUACCGACUAUGGAGGGAGUAUCACUUCUCUUGAUUUUCAUCGUAAAGAAGAUUUACUGGUCACUGCUAGUGAAGAUGAUUCAGUGCGACUCUAUAAUAUUGUUGAUGCCAUAUUGUUGAAGACAAUGUAUCAUAAGAAACAUGGCACUGACAGAAUCUGCUUCACACAUCAUCCAAGUUCCAUUAUAUGUUCGUCAAGAUACAAUUUGGAGUCUACAAAUGAAUCAUUGAGGUACCUUUCUAUGUACGAUAAUCGGUGUCUGCGCUACUUCAAGGGGCAUAACAAAAGAGUUGUCUCCCUUUGCAUGUCUCCUAUCAAUGACAGUUUUAUGUCAGGUUCUCUUGACCACAGUGUUAGAAUUUGGGAUCUCCGGGUGAAUGCUUGUCAGGGAAUAUUGCGGUUGCGUGGUAGGCCAAGUGUUGCAUAUGAUCAGCAGGGCCUUGUUUUUGCUGUAGCAAUGGAAGGGGGUGCUAUAAAGUUGUUUGAUUCACGAUCUUAUGACAAGGGUCCCUUUGACACCUUUCUUGUGGGUGGAGACACAGCUGAAGUCUGUGAUAUCAAAUUUAGUAAUGAUGGAAAGUCCAUGCUUUUAACAACAACAAGCAACAAUAUCUAUGUUCUGGAUGCUUACUGUGGAGAUAAGCGGUGUGGGUUCAAUUUAGAACCAUCUCUCAAUACAACAACUGAGUCUACUUUUACUCCAGAUGGAAAAUAUGUUGUUUCAGGAUCCGGAGAUGGAACCCUACAUGCAUGGAAUGUCUACAUGAGAAAUGAGGUUGCGAGCUGGAGCAGUUACAUCGGUGCUACCACUUGUUUGAAAUGGGCUCCUCGUCGGGCUAUGUUUGCAGCUGCUUCAUCAGUCCUUACAUUUUGGAUACCAAAUGUGUCAAAGUUAAAUAACACCACCAGCACUGAAGUUUCUACAGCUUAAUUUUCAGAGGGAUAAGAAGUUUUUCUUUGUUUCUCCUUUUGAAAUCUGCAGGUUAACUUCUGCUGCAACCAGGUUCCAGCUUUUAUUUGAUUUUCCAUAGUUAUUUGGCCUACCAACUGAAUUAUUCUUACAUGUUUGUGAGUUUUUCUUUU